AUGGUUCAUGUUAAAAUUGAUGGAAAGGAAAUUCAAAUGGAAUUAGACACCGGCGCUCCAUGCGCGGUAAUUAGUUACAGAACUCUUCGAUCGAUAAGACCGAAUUGUAAGUUGCUUAAAAGUGAUAGGCGAUUCACAAGCUACACGGGUCAUAAGGUUAAUUGCGUAGGACGGAUUGUAGUAUCCGCGUCAGUGGGUAAAAUAGUACGACGGUUAAGUCUGUAUGUCGUGGAAGGAGAUUGUGAUACACUUUGCGGUAGGGAAUGGAUAUCACAAUUUGCGAGAGAGAAUAACUUUUCUGAAUUUUUUUCUUCGUCCAACCAUAUUAAUUCAAUAAACUCCUCAGAGCGAGAACUGUCUACAAACCAGCGAGAGCGGCUCCAACAACUGAUCGAGAGGUUUAAGAACGUAUUUAGUGAAACGGCUGGGAAGCUUAGUGGUCCACCUGCUAAAGUGCAUCUUAAAAAGGGAGCUACUCCAGUGUUCGCACGACCACGCGAAGUUCCAAUGGCAUUAAAAGAUGCUUACGGCAAAGAAAUUGAUCGAAAGAUUCAAUUGGGGCAUUACAAGAGAGUAGAUCAUUCGGAAUGGGCUUCGAUUACGCAUAUUGUUGCAAAGAAAAACGGUGGUAUUCGCAUUACAGGCAAUUACAAACCUACAGUUAACCCGCAAAUGAUAAUUGAUGAACAUCCAAUUCCGAAAGCGGAAGAUUUAUUUAAUAAAAUGAAAAAUGCAACAAUUUUUUGCCAUCUUGAUGUAACAGAUGCAUACACCCAUCUUACAAUUGACGAAGAAUUUGCACAUGUAUUAACUUUAAACACAAUCACGCAUGGGUUAGUACGUCCAACACGUGCAGUUUAUGGAGCAGCAAAUAUACCAGCGAUAUGGCAGAGGAGAAUGGAGACAGUACUACAUGGUAUGGCGAAUGUGUUAAAUUUUUUCGACGAUAUCUUAGUAUAUGCUAAAAAUUUUGAUGAAUUGUUACAAGUGUUAGAAACCAUUCUAGGCCGUAUUCAGUUAAGUGGGCUGCGUCUGAAUAAGUCGAAAUGUGUAUUCGCCACAACAUCUGUGGAGUUUCUUGGUCAUCGAAUUGAUGCACAUGGCGUGUAUAAAUCCCAGAAACAUGUCGAAGCAAUAUUAAAUGCGCCCAAACCAUCAAUGGUUGAAGAGCUUCAACUUUUCUUAGGGAAAGCAACAUACUAUGGCGCGUUUAUUCCAGAUUUGGCUACAAAGGCGCGACCAUUACGAGACAUGUUGAAAACAAAAGAAUUUUGCUGGACGGGAGAGGCAGAUGCAGCAUUUACUCAGUUAAAACAAAUAUUGACUUCACCUCAAGUAUUAAUUCCGUACGAUCCGUCACUACCGGUAAUGUUAGCAACAGACGCAAGCCGAACGGGUCUAGGUGCUGUAUUGUCACAUCAUUUAGAAAAUGGAGUGGAUCGGCCAAUAGUUUAUGCAAGUCGAACGAUGACUGCUACGGAACAACGAUAUACACAAAUUGAUAAAGAGGCACUAGCUAUUGUGUGGGCAGUGCAAAAAUUUUUCAAAUACUUAUAUGCUCGUCAUUGGAUAUUGAUCACGGAUCAUAAACCGUUAUCACAGAUUCUUCAACCUAAUAAAUCGCUUCCAGUACUAUGUAUAAGUAGAAUGGCUAACUAUGCAGAGUUUUUAAGCAGAUUCGAUUUCGAAGUUAUAUACAAAAAUUCAAAAGCAAACGCAAAUGCCGAUUAUUUGUCACGUGCUUCCCUUCAACAAAUAAAUCAAUUGCAACAAAUAGUAGCGACUCAUUCAGAUGAAUGUGAUGAGUUCGAUAAUUUCAUGAUUUGCCAGAUAAAUCAGUUGCCUGUUAAAGCAGAACGUAUUGCAAUAGAAACCAGAAAGGACGAGCAUCUCGGCAAGAUAAUCAGAAUACUGGAAAGUGGCCGCUGUUUAAAAAGAGAAGGUUACAAAUCGUCAGAAGCGAGUUACGUAUUGUCAUCAGGGUGCUUGACGUUCGAACAUCGGGUCGUUAUCCCUCCACAUUAUCGACAAAGAUUACUAGAGAAUCUACACACAUCGCACUUAGGAAUGGUAAAAAUGAAGGGCAUUGCACGUUCUUUUAUAUAUUGGCCAGGAAUAGACAAAGAUAUUGAGAAUAUGGCCAACGAGUGUGAUGGGUGCGCGAGACAAGCGAAUAAGCCGGUGAAAUGCGAUAUUCAUCAUUGGGAAUACCCAAAAGGACCAUGGGAACGUAUUCAUAUUGAUUAUGCAGGGCCAUUUGAAGGGGCAAUGUUACUAGUAAUUGUUGAUGCUUACAGUAAGUGGUUACGUUUAGGUGAUCUUCACUACGAAAUACUUUUUAAUGGAAAGGAAGUAAAGAGACAUAGUAGCGGUGACAACACAAAGGACUCGCUUGAAGCAGAGAACAAUGAAUCAACCACUGAAGGGAGUCCGGGAUUGGAGAAUGAGUUUGAGAGGCCAGAAAACAAUGAAGCAACCACUGAAGGGAGUCCGGGAUUGGAGAAUGAGUUUGAGAGGUGGACAACGCCCAACACAUCAAGAAAUGAGGAGUUUUAUUCAACACCACACCCAAUAGCUGAGAGUACGCCUGAGACGACCAACGUAACUCCCGAUGUACGACGGUCAACAAGACUAAGGAAAACUAGAGUGUGUUACACACCAUGA